GAUGAAGAAAUUUCCCUGUUUUGCAAGGAAACCGGUGGAUGUUUUCAAUCGUUCAUCCACCAAAUUGUCUUGCUUGCGACAAUCUUUCCGGGGUCUGUUUUCUUCUUUGUUUUAUUUCUUAGCCUUCCAGGUAAGCCCAUUUUGGAAUCAGCUUGGUUACUUCAUCACUGUCUCUUUGCUGGGCUAUAUGGCUUUGAAGGUUUCGAAGCCGAAAACUACCUCGUUUAUUCCUUCGGACGUUGAUGUGUUCUUUACAUCGGUGUCUGCAUCGACGGUUUCUAGCAUGUCUGCGGUGGAAAUGGAGGUUUUCUCCAAUACCCAACUUGUUAUCAUGACCGUUUUGAUGCUAGUGGGUGGAGAGAUUUUCACUUCCAUGCUUGGGCUCCAAUUUGUGAGGUCCAAGUACACCAGAAAGGCAAAUAGAGAGAAUAAAGCCCACUUGGCUAUCAUAGACUAUAAAUCUCCGAAUUCUAAGAUUUCCUUUGAUCAAAUUGAAUUGGGGUUGGUAACUCUUCCACAGGCGCAGAAUGAGCAACCCUGUUCCAACUUAGAAAAAGGAAUUGAAGCCUCAUGUGACGAGGAUUUGAAGUACCAUUCUAUUAAGUGUCUGGGUUAUGUGGUUUUGUUUUACCUUCUAGUGGUUCAUGUAGUUGGUUCGGCUUUGAUAGUUUUGUAUCUUAACCUUGUUCCAAGUGCAAGAGAAGUAUUAAAGAACAAAGGCCUUCGAAUACUAACAUUUGCAGUGUUUACAGUGGUUUCUACCUUCUCAAACUGUGGUUUCAUCCCCACAAAUGAGAAUAUGGUGGUUUUCAAGAAGAAUUCAGGUCUCCUUCUGAUUCUUAUUCCUCAGAUCCUUCUUGGAAACACACUGUUUGCACCAUCUUUGCGGUUUGUGAUCUGGGUUUUAGUGAAGAUCACAAGGCGAGUCGAAUUCAACUACAUGUUGAAGAACUCUAGGGAGAUAAGCUAUGAUCACUUGCUUCCUGGUUUGUAUUCAUGUCUUCUGGCUAUUACCGUUUUCGGGUUCAUAUUAGUACAGUUUUUACUUCUUUGCUUCAUGGAGUGGAAUUCAGAAGACUUGGCUGGCCUAAAUGCAUAUCAGAAAAUCGUGGGCAUGUUGUUUCAAACAGCAAAUUCCAGGCAUUCUGGUGAAUCUAUCUUUGAUCUUUCAGAUAUAUCCCCAGCAGUCUUGGUGCUCUUUGUUCUAAUGAUGUAUCUUCCACCUCAUACUUCAUUUUUACCCAUAGAUGGUGGUGAAAAGGCUUUGCAAAAGGAGGAAAGGAGGACAGAAAAAAGGAAGUAUGUGGAGCAUCUACUGUUAUCACAACUCUCAUAUUUAGUCAUCUUUGUUAUUCUCGUUUGUAUCAUUGAGAGAGAGAAAAAAAAAGACCCCCUAAACUUCAGUGUGUUGAAUAUCACUAUUGAAAUCGUUAGUGCAUAUGGGAACGUGGGGUUCUCAGCCGGCUACCACUGUAACCUGCAACUCAAACACGAGCCCCACUGCAAAGACUUGGGGUAUGGAUUUGUUGGAAGGUGGAGUAACAGUGGAAAAUUUGUUCUCAUGUUCGUCAUGUUCUUUGGAAGACUAAAGAAAUUCAGUAUGCAUGGUGGCAGAGCCUGGAAACUAGAUUAGUACUAGUUCAGACAAGAGAGCAUGCAAAAGAAAGCUAUAUACUUUGAUUUACCAUGUAUUGCAACCAAGUUUUUCAACGACUGCUUUCAAAUUGUAGUUAUGAUCAGUGCUAGAGUCGUAGUAAUUUGGAUUCAUAUAUGCUUGCAGUUCUGUGAAAAUUAAAUAAUAUAUAGCCUGCACAUAUUUUUGGUAUAUCCUAAACCCAUA